CCAGGCGAAACAGCCGAUAUCGAAGCAGAGACACCAUCAAGAUGCAGGAGUAUGAUGUUAUAGUGCUUGGAACUGGAAUUAAGGAAUGUGUCCUGUCUGGCUUAAUGUCUCUGAGUGGGAAAAAGGUCCUUCACAUUGACAAGAACUCUUACCACGGAGGAGAAAGUACUUCUAUUUCUCCCCUCGAGGAGCUGUACAGGAGGUUUAAGGUUCCAGGCCCGCCAAAAUCCAUCCGCCGAGGCAAGGAGUGGAACGUGGACCUCGUCCCCAAGUUUUUUCUGGCCACUGGUCAGCUGGUACAAAUAUUGGUGCACACUGAGGUGACGCGGUAUCUGGACUUCAAAGUUGUCGAAGGGAGUUACGUAUUCAAAGCAGGCAAAGUGCACAAAGUCCCCGCCUCAGAGGAAGACGCCCAGAGCUCAGAUCUGAUGGGCAUGUUUGACAAGAGGAGGUUCAAGAAGCUGCUGCACUUUGUCCUGAACUUUGACAUAAGGAACCCUCGCACUCACCAGGACGUGGACCCCGAGAAAACAACCUCGCGGGAGCUGUUCACCCGCUUUGAUCUGGGACAGGAUGUCAUAGAGUUCACGGGUCACGCCAUAGCCUUACACUCCGAUGAGAGCUACCUCGACCGGCCCUGUUUGGAAACCAUCAACCGGAUCAGGCUGUACUGCGAGUCCCUGUCCCGCCACCACCUCAGUCCGUACCUGUACCCGCUGUACGGCCUCGGGGAGCUACCGCAGGGAUUUGCCAGACUAAGUGCAGAGUAUGGAGGAACCUUCCUGCUGAACAAGCCAGUGGAUGAAAUCGUCAUGGACAACGGCAAAGUGAAAGCUGUCAAAUCGGAUGGCAAGAUUUUUCACUGCAAGCAGUUAAUCUGUGAUCCCAGCUAUGUUCCCAACAGAGUCAGGAAAGUGGGACGUGUCAUAAGAGUUAUCUGCCUGUUGAAUCAUCCAGUUAAGAACACCCAUGAGGCCAGCUCCUGUCAGAUCAUCAUCCCCCAAACACAGCUGAGCAGAAAGUCAGACAUUUAUAUAUGUGUAGUGUCCUACAGCCACAGUUUGGCCUCAGACGGGAUGUACAUCGCCACCGUGAGCACGACUGUCGAGACCAACAACCCGGAGAAAGAAGUGGAACCGGCCCUGGAGCUUCUUGAACCCAUCAUGCAGAAAUUUGUAUCCAUCACCAACCUGCUGGUUCCAAAUGAGGAUGGAAGAAAGAGUCAGAUAUUUGUGUCCCGUUCAUACGACGCAACCAACCACUUUGACUCAGAGUGCGAGGACAUAAAAGACAUGUACCGCCGGAUCACAGGGACAGAGCUGUGCUUCGGGAGACCUCGGAAUCUGUCUCACAACUCUGACGACGACUGAGAGAGGCCUUCCAACAUCGGCAACACAUGACUGAACAGACAAGACGACGAUCCAACACCGCUGGGAAGGAGAGGAUGCUCCGUAGCGUGUAGAACGAACAGUGACUGUUUUUUUAAUUUGUCAGAAGUCCCCGUUUUCUCCUCUGGUUUGAUUGCUAUAAUUUGUUGUUUGAGAAAGCUUGCAUAAGUGAUGACGCUGUGGUAACUUUUACACACUGUUCUAGCUGUGUGUGCUUUCCUUGUUGCUAUUCUGCAUUACAUAGUUCUUACAUUUUAUUGUUUAUGCUUUAAUAGAAAGAGAUUGACCUCACUUCCUGUGAUUAAGUGUGAAUAUUACUUAAAAAUGGCAAUAAAGUAGUUAUGCAUGUGUUAUAAACUGAAGAGCACUGAAAAUGUUCAGCGAUGUGGGCAUUUUGCAACGGUUUCAGGUAGCAGACUGCAUAUGAAUGACGUGGAUUUAAACGCUGAUUAGAGAUGAAUUGGAUGUGUAGAGGAUUUGUGGAUUCUCUUCUCUGCUGGGGGCUUAUGUGUGAGAAGGACAAAGCCAGUGAAUUAUGUCAUAUGCUGCACAAGCAACUUGUCCGCUGCAGGAGAAGGACGCGCAGAGCAAAGAGGCUUAUCCAGAUGAAGGACGGUCGCCGCAAACAACCUCGGCACAGGCUGCUACACGUUUACACCUAUUAGAUCCUUUGUUUGUCAGUUGAUUUUAUUUUAUUUUUUACAUGCAACCGUGCAGACUGAAAAUGACAAAUACAGCAUGAUGAAAUGGGUUCCUUCAUGGAAACAUUGAAAACAAUAAAUAAAUCAAACUGU